AAGUGAUCAUACACUCCACUCAACAGUUUAAGGUCGCAGAGCCUGGAGCUCACAGAGCAGCAGGCUAUCUCUCUAUCUAUUUAAUCAGUCGUGUUUAUCCUCUUAACUCACUCGACUCGUGCUUUUUUGCAUAGAGGUUCGUGCACUAUUAUUCGGCUUGUCUCUCGGUUUUUUUUUUUUUUUUUUUUUUUUUUUUUUUGCCUGCACGGAAUACGACUGAAAUGUCCAGACCUCUGACCAUGAACCCAACUUUUCUACCUCCUCCAACUUACGGAGUGCUCAAAUCUCUCCUCGAAUAUCCAAUGAAGCUACCACUGCACCACGAAGAAGUUUAUGACAAGGAGAAGAAGUUGGAGGAAGAGAGGAAUGUGCCGCACUCUGCCUUCCUGGGCCCAGUACUUUGGGAUAAGACCUUGCCUUACGAUGGCGACAAUUUUCAGUUGGAGUACAUGGACCUUGAAGAGUUUCUGUCUGAAAAUGGCAUUCCAUCCAGUCCACCACAGCACGAGCAAAGCCAGUGUCCUCAGCAGCAACAGCAGCAGCAGCAGACCCCUGUCUCCGUUAUGGAUCUCAGCAACAGAGUCAGCACCUCCAUCCACACAAGCAUGGUCUCUCAACCCUGUCUCCAGAGUCCCACACGAACAGUGUUGCCUUCAUCGCGCAAUACUCCUAGCCCAGUUGACCCAGACUCCAUCCAAGUUCUGAUGAACUAUGAGCCCGACCCAACAGACCUGGCUCUGUCCAGUGUGCCAGGCCAGGAAGCAUUCAACCCUCGCAAGUGCAGGUUCUCUGAGGAAGAGCUUAAACCUAAGCCAAUCAUCAAAAAGGCACGCAAAGUCUUCAUUCCUGAUGACAUUAAGGAUGAAAAAUACUGGGCACGGCGCAAAAAAAACAACAUGGCUGCCAAGAGGUCACGGGAUGCUCGGCGCCUGAAGGAGAACCAGAUUGCCAUCCGCGCCGGUUUCCUGGAAAAGGAGAACUCCGCUCUUCGACAGGAAGUGGCUGAUUUGCGGAAAGAGCUUGGACGCUGUAAGAAUAUUCUAGCAAAGUAUGAGGCUCAUCAUGGCCCUCUCUGAGGCCUACAGGCUCGUGUAAUAGGAAGGACGAUGUAACGGUGUAAAGCCCUUUCAACAUUUAAACCUGUCGACUAUCACCUCUCUCUGUUCUUGGCACUUUAGAAUUCUGUGUUAGUGUGAGGUCAUGUUUGAUUUACGUUUUAUUAGACAGCCUGUUUUUUUUGUUUUGCUUUUUUUUAAACAGAGAUUUUUUGGUACUAGGAAUGUUUCUUUCUUAUUCAUGUAUUCUGCAUAUGUUUUAGAAGUGUUGUAGCAUUUAAUUGUACAAAAAAUCUAUUAUUUUUUUUGUUCGUCAUAGUAGUUACAUUGUUAAAGUUUUUAUUAAUAAAGUAAAGUACAAUUUGCAGGCUUUAUAUGUUUAGUGAGUCAGCACUCCAGUGUUCAGUCUGGUGAGCAAAAUUUACAUUUAGGCCUCACACUAGUUUUCUCUACAAUGGCCUGCUGUUUUCACAGAGAGAGUAAAUUAUAGAAAAAUAUAUAUAAAAAAGAAUAUUUAUGGGUACGCUUUUUUAACAUGACAGUUUUUUAUUCAACUAUUUGACUCUGUAAGUUGUUACAUGAUUGUUACAUGCCAUUUCCUAUAUCCUGGUUUAUAUCAGAUUGGGGUUUGUGUUUAUAUAUAGCCAUCAUACCUCUCACAUCAGCAUGUUUUUUUGAAUGCUUAGACCAUAUUUUGAUCUUUAAUAUUAAAUAUUUAAUUUUCUGGCUACAUUUAACAUUAUGUCUUUGAUACCCAUGUUCACUUUUACUCUCAUUGUAGGAAUUAUGAUGAGAUAAAUUAUAACACUAUACCUGUGGCAAUAACUUUAUUGGCUUCUAUACUGAACAUGAAUGGAGUUAGCAUUUGGAACAUUUUGUUUAUUGAAAUAAAGGUAAAUGAUACUGCCAAGUUUUAUCAUCACUGGUAAUUUCACAGAGAAUGGCAAUGUGUUUGAAACUUGAUUGAUUUAUAUAUAUAUAUAUAUAUAUAUAUAUAUAUAUAUAUAUAUAUAUAUAUAUAUAUAUAAAACAAAAAACAGACUCUGCUUGCCUUUUGGAGCGAAUGUGGUCAGAAUGUACAUGAGAGGUGAUUGUCUGUCUCUGAGUAAACUAUCAAUCUCUAUUCCAGACCAAAAAAAAAAGAGAAGAAAAUAUCUAUGUAAUGUUAUAUUACAGUGAAAUGUUUUAAAUUUUUCUCAAAUCUUGUUUUUGUACAGUAUUUGUACAGUAUGAAUCUAAAGAUGUGUUUUAAAGGUAUUUGAGUACAUGGAAAAAAGGAGCUUUUAAAAAGUUCAAGUGCGAGCUUGCUGGAAUUCUGCAUGGGCAUUAGUGAAGUAUAAUCCAAUCCAUUUAUCUAAUGCAUUAAAGUGAUUUCUGCAUUUAACAUCCAUCUGUUAUCUCCUAGUCAUACUGAAUCUAUUUUUAUGUAUCACUGAAAGGUGAAGAGGUCUCUUUUCCCUCUUUUCUGCUGUCUGUACUAUUGUUAGGAUCAACACAGUCUGCAGCGUUUCUUGCUGGUAAAAUGAUUUGUUUUGAAGGAUGGUAUUGUGUUUAUUCUAUUGGUGAAAGCAGUGAAUGUUGACUGUGAAAAGAUCUUAUAACAUAUAAAACUUAAUUAUAGCAUGGUUAUUUUCGCUAGAGUAUUUAUUGGCUUAAAGAAAUAUUUUAUUGUCUUUAUUGUCCGACUUUUUUUCUUUUUUCGUGUUUUCUUGCCCACAAUCACGAUCAAAAUAAAUUCUUAACAAAGCGA